GGUUGCAAGCUACUUGAUUCCUUUGCAAUCUUCAUUCAAAUAUGUCUGGGUGCUGUUGCCUUUUCAACACUUAUCAUCAAACGGCAGCGUGAACAGCCACAACGACCACUUUUAAUAUGGGGACUAGAUAUUAGUAAACAGUUAAUGGGUGGGGCAGUGGUACAUGCACUGAAUGUCAUUGCAUCGUAUUUUACGGGAGGAAAUCAUGAAGGCCAACAUUCAAAUCCAUGCGUGUGGUAUUUUUUAAAUAUACUUGUUGAUACAACUAUUGGUAUUGGUGUUGUAUGGGCAUUUAUCAAGAUUGUCCACAUUAUUGCCACAAGAUAUCGUCUUUCAGGCCUACAAAGUGGUGUGUAUGGUGGCCCACCCUUUCGCAAGCAGGUCAAACGAUGGGGCAAGCAGAUGGUAGUCUAUGUGUGUGCAUUAUUGACGAUGAAGAUUUUUGUCGUCUUGCUGUUUCAGCUCUUUCCUUCAAUUGCUGUAUUCGGCAAAUGGAUGUUGGGUUGGACCAUGGGAAACCACAAACUCCAGGUCGUUUUUGUUAUGCUCAUCUUCCCAUUGACUAUGAAUACGAUGCAAUUCUGGAUAUUGGAUACAAUUGUCAAA